UUACAUCUGACAGGGGUUUCCGACUACCCAACCUGCACCUUUCAGCGAGGUUCUAAAGGUCCCUGCUUUGAUCGAUCAAGGUGACACUUGAGCAAACUGUAUAACGAUCACCGAGUGUGUCUCUCCGAUCGCAAUUUUAGAGGGCAAAAGAAACAUAUGCAGUGUGAGUUUAUGCUCUACCAGGCGAUGCUGCUUUGGAUAUACUAAGGGCCCUCAUCGACAGCUUUCUAAAAGCAGCAGGAAUCAUCAGACACUGAUACUAAAGGCCCUGAUCGACUGGUUUCUAAAAGCCUCAGGAAUCAUGGAUAAAUGGAGGGUAACCCAGAAUUUAUUGUUGUUUUGUCAAAGAAGCAAAUUCAUUUUCCGGAAUUUGAGGCUACAACUGCGAUGUUCAGAGGAAACUUUAUAUGCCACAUCCAACCCGUUGUAUGGAGGAUCUCUUGGAAAGAAUAUAAACUGCUGGCGUUCAUUGAGUACUUGCACAGCUAAGCUUCAAGAGUCUUCUGUCGCAAAAUUACAAGGGAUUCAAAGUAGCCAACGUAGAUUGCUGGGCUCAUCAGCAUAUGAACUUCAUAGGAACGAUUCCUUUUCUAAAUUGUCUUUGGAAGAUAUCGAUUAUUUCAAGAAGAUAUUGGGUGAGAAAAGUGUUAUUCAAGAUGAAGAUGUAUUGUCGACAGCCAAUGUGGAUUGGAUGCGGAAAUAUAAGGGCUCGAGUCAGCUUUUACUUAAACCUAGGAACACUAACGAGGUAUCCAAGAUUCUAAAGUAUUGUAAUUCUAGAUACCUGGCAGUUGUUCCACAAGGGGGUAACACUGGUCUUGUUGGUGGAAGUGUUCCUGUUUUUGAUGAGGUGAUUGUUAGCACAAGUUCAAUGAACAACAUUAUCGGCUUUGACAAUGUCAGUGGAAUACUGGUUUGUGAAGCUGGGUGCAUACUAGAAAAAUUGGAUUCCUUCCUGGCUGAGAAAGGAUUUAUGAUGCCACUAGACUUGGGGGCAAAGGGAAGUUGUCAAAUUGGUGGUAAUGUCUCAACCAAUGCAGGUGGUCUGCGCUUUGUCCGUUAUGGAUCACUACGUGGAAAUGUAUUAGGUCUUGAAGUUGUUCUGCCAAAUGGCACCAUUGUUGACAUGCUUGGGACUUUACGCAAAGAUAACACUGGCUACGACUUAAAGCAAUUAUUUAUUGGUAGUGAAGGAUCCUUAGGAAUUAUCACAAAAGUUUCAAUACUUACGCCUCUUCGUUUGUCGUCAAUUAAUCUUGCAUUUCUUGCAUGCAAUGACUACUUGAGUUGUCAGAAACUUCUGUUGGAAGCUAAGACAAAACUUGGAGAGGUUCUCUCAGCAUUUGAAUUCUUGGAUUGUGAAUCUAUGGAAUUGGUUUUGUCUUAUUUAGACGGUGUGCGAAACCCCUUGCCUCCCUCGAACUUUUAUGUUCUUAUUGAGACCACCGGCAGCAACGAGUCACAUGACAAGGAGAAGCUGGAAUCCUUUUUUCUACAUUCCAUGGAAAGGGGUAUCCUUUCUGAUGGUGUUAUGGCGCAAGACAUGAAUCAAGCUUCAUCAUUUUGGCAAAUCCGUGAGGGAAUUGCAGAAGCUUUAAUGAAAGCAGGUGCUGUCUACAAGUACGAUCUGUCUCUACCCAUUGAAAAUCUUUACAAGAUUGUUGAGGAAAUGCGAAAAAGGCUAGGUGAAUCUGCAAAAGUAUUGGGAUAUGGCCAUCUUGGGGAUGGUAAUCUACACCUAAAUAUCUCAACACCAGUGUAUGAUGACACUGUUUUUGAAUUGAUUGAACCCUUUGUUUAUGAGUGGACAUCCAAGCACAGAGGGAGUAUAAGUGCAGAGCAUGGCCUAGGCCUUAUGAAAGCAAAUGAAAUACAUUACAGCAAGUCUUCGGAAGCAGUUCAUCUCAUGGCAUCUAUCAAGGGAUUAUUUGACCCCAAUGGUAUAAUGAAUCCCUACAAAUUUCUUCCUCGCUCCCUACUUUCCCAACACAAAGAUGCAAGUCUCCAUGGUCCUGAAAUCUAGGGGCUCAUCCAAUUCAUUGCGAUAUAUCAACAGAGAAGUGAAUUGCGCAGAGGCUUUGCUGUCAAAGAAUGGAAGUAACGAUACUAAAAAACAAUGCUGCCAGAUAAGCUGCUUUUAUCCAUUUAAAUGAAUGUCUCUUAUCAGAUUCCAUUGCACUGAUGAGGCAAAACAUUGCAGUACUUUCUUCGACUGCUGCCAUUUAUCAAAUUUUCUUUAUUUGUAAGAAAGGACUGAAAUUCAAAUUAUAGAGUUAUGUGAGGGCAUAAACCUCUCCAAA